AUGAAGAAUGGACUUGCCGGCACGCCCAAUUGCGCGGCGAAUUUGAUGAAUAGAAAAUCGAGCGGCUGCACGGUCAGCACGGAGGAUUUCCGGAAAUCGUUCGAAAAUGUGCCGAAAUUGGUCCUCAGGACGCCGGCCGAAAUUCGAACGAAAUUUGAGAAUAUCAAAAAUAUUCUCUCGAACACGAAUGAGGAUUGGUCGAAAAGACACGAGCAAUUAAAAUUGAUACGAAGUAUUAUUAUUUAUGGGGAAAAUCUAAUCGAUCAGCAAUCGAUGGUUUCCCAUGUGCUAGACUUGGUGCAUUGUCUGAAUUCAGCAGUGCGAGACCUGCGCUCGCAAAUUCUUCGCGAGGCCGCAAUCACGUGCAGCUUCAUCAUUUCAAAGUACGGACAAGACGCUCACACGAUCGGCGAGGAGAUUCUGAGUUCGGCGAUGGCGCAAGUCGCCGUCAGCACCAAAAUCAUGGCGACGUCGGCCGCCGCAUUGACGGCAUUCAUCGUCGAGUUCAUUCAAACGCGUCAAGUUUUCGCGAUUAUUUCCACUUAUUCGACUUCCAAAGACAAAAAUCAGCGGCGACAGCUGGCCGAGCUGCUCGACGUCAUAAUUGCAAAGUGGAAUGAGAGGAUUAAAAAGCAAAUUCUUCGUCAACUUGCCGAGCUCAUCAGAUCGGCGAUUUGCGAUGCCGAUUCCGAGACGCGAAUUGCCGGACGAAGAGCGUUCGCACGAUUCGACGAGCUUCAUCCCACCGAAGCUGACGCCAUCUUUCUUAGUCUUGAGCCGGCUAAGCAGAAGCUGCUGCGAGCUGGCGACGCCGCUUCCUCAUGCGCCAGUGUCGGCAGUGAACGCGGAUCGACGGCGAUUCGAUCCAAGCUGCCACGUGGCGUUUUGAGCAACACCAGAUUUCUGGCGCAACGCAGCGCAUCGGCGAUCGACCCGAAUUUUGUGAGAGUGCCCAGCAGUCGACUGUUGAGGCCGACGAGCUCGAAAGCGGUUGGACGAACGGAUUUGAGUCCCGGCGGUGGUGGCCGGAAACCGGAAGCGUGUCGGGACGCGUCGCCGCCGAGAAAGCCGAGAAGAAGCAUCGGGCAAAGUCCGUUCCUCUCGUCAUUGAGUGUAGAGGAGGCGAAUGAACUUCAGCGAGCCAUGAAGAAGGCUAGGGACCAAUUGAGACAACCAUCUCGCAAUGAGGACGACGAUUUCCUACUUCCAAUGCUCCAGCCGAAACCCCGAAGUCCGGCUCGUCUGUCCGAUAGUGUCGAGGAGACGCUGAAACGCUGCACGUCGUCGAGCUCCGCCGAGAAGAGGGAAGGUGUUCGCAGCCUGUAUGAGGUUGUGAGCAAUCCGAAUCUCAGUGACAUCGAAGUCAAAAACAUUGGAUCGAUUCUGAAUCGCCUUCUUUCCGAUCCGUCGAAUAAUAUGAUUUUGGAAGCGUACGCGCAAUUCAUUCGUGUUCAUCAUCAACGGCUCAAUGAUUGGCUACGAUUGGCGUUUGCGAAAUUGUUCGCCAAAAUGGGCGCUGAUCAGCUUCCGGCGACUCGACGCCAGUUUGCCAAUGUGCUCACGGCGAUCCUUGAAUCGUUUGAUCCAUUAUUCCAACUUGGAUCGGUGUGCGAGCUCAUGUGCGAUCCGAUCCAUCUAAUGGUGCCCAAGGCCAGAUGCGCCCUUCUAGAAUACCUAUUCGAAUUGUUCACCGCCCAUAUCGAACGAGGAUCGUUGUACAACCGAAAAGAAGUGGUCGGAUCGGUUCGGAAGAUGUUCGCUUGGAUGUCGGAUCAACGACACGCCGCCCUACUAACCCCGCCCAUCGAGCGUUUGUUCUGCGCGAUGUUCGCGGUGAAUUCGGCGCAAUUUGCUGACAUCCUCAAAGAGUUCGACGCCGACCAUCGACAAUGGGCCUAUCGAAUUGUGCAGAAGAAGGGCUUCGAUGAGAGUUCCAUCAACUGCAGCUCGGAGUUGCGAAUUCCGGAGCUCGCGCGCACGCCGAAAAAAUCGACGCCGACGCCGUCGCUUGGCGCGUUUUUGUCCUUCGACGCUUCUUCAUCGACAACGUCUUCGAGCGCUGAUAUGCCCAAUCUCAAUUCCACUGUGGAGCUUAGCGAGGAAACGCUGGAGCAGAAGCGUGCUGCUCUGGAAUUGAUCGCAAGAAUGGGUCGUCAAGCGGAUCCGCAGGAUCAGCAUCAGGCCCUCACCGUCGUUCUCUCGAUGAUGACCGAGGGCAGUUUUGACGUAUGGGAAGCCAAUUAUGCGAAGCUUCUCCUAACAACAUUCGAGAUUCUCUCAAAGAGCGAAUGGGAGGCUAACAAGAAGUUGGCGCUUCGUGUGAUCUCGAAAAUGUGCACCGCGCAAGCGUCGCGAUUGUUCGAUUCCACCGAAAUCGCGGUUUGUAAGGUCCUCGACGUCGCUGUCGAUUCGAAGGAUGUUACGACGACUGUCGCUGUCGAGGAUUGCCUAAGAACGCUGGCUACUCAUCUACCGUUGCCAAAGAUUAUCAAUAUUGCACAAGUGAUUUUGAAUGAGGAGCCGCUCGAUGAUCAACGCGCAAGCUUGAUUCUCAAAAUGGUGGCGAAAAUGUUCGAAGACCUUCAACACGACGAGCUAGUAUAUGUGCUUGACGACAUCGUGCCGUGCGUCACCAAAGCUUACAACUCAACGAGCUCGAGCGCACGCAAAAACGUGAUCUACUGCUUAGUGGCGAUUUUGAACAAAGUCGGCGGCAAACGAAUGGACCAUUUCCUCGAGAAAAUGCCGAAACCAAUGAUUAAUUUGAUUCAUGUUUAUGUCAAUCGAGCGAUCUCAAACAGUGCGUCAAGGCUUUAA